CAGUCUGAGGAGCGAGGGAAACUCCCCGCUCUUUCUCUCUCUCUCUUUCUCAACUUUCUCCCGUUUCUUCCUCGAGGAUGAGAGUUUCGUAUCAUCGACGAUGUUCAGGCCCAAGCUCAAUCCACCCCAGAUCAAACGAGCUGUCCCAGAUUGGCUUGGAGGAUCGGGUUUCUGGGACUCUUCUGCCAUAGCUACCAAUGAAAACAAUGACGAUCAUCUCAGCGAUGGACAGUUUGAGUCCACAGAGGAGCUUGUGCCGAUAAAAUGGCACGAUCCAGAGUUGGGAAAGGAGAGAAAGGCUGUAGAGUAUGAGGAAGAAGAAGAAUGCCUUAAAGCACAAGCGGACGAGAACGUGCGCAAAGAAAGGUUAGCGAAGGAGGCUGCUCCGCCGGUGCCCAUUUCCAUGGCUGAAGAAGCAAAGCUGUCGGACUUAGAAUUCGAGCUUUCCAGAGAGGUUAUACGCUUAGAUGUGCUGCAAAGAAUUGCUAAAUCUGGUAUUCCAGAUGGAGGCAGGCUGCGGGCAACAACAUGGAAGAUUCUACUAGGUUAUUUGCCAGUUGAAAGAGAUUUAUGGGAGGUGGAACUGGCAGAAAACAGAGCAAAGUAUGCUGCCUUAAAAGCUGAUCUUCUAUUGAGCCCUUCUGAAUUAACUAGGAGAUUGGAAGAAGAAUCAAAUUCUGGCCAUCAAGACAUGGACAAUUCCACUGAUGGUCCACUUAGAAGACAGGAAAUUUCAGAUGGAGACCAUCCUCUCAAUGUUGGGAAGUCUAGUGUCUGGAACAAGUAUUUCCAAUAUGCAGAGAUUGAAGAGCAAAUCAACCGUGAUCUGGUUCGUACCCACCCAGAGAUGAGUUUCUUCUCUGGCGAUUCUUCAUUUAGCCAUGAGAAUCAGGAAGCAAUGAGAAGUAUUCUUCUUUUGUUUGCCAAGAUGAAUCCGGUUAUCGGUUAUGUACAAGGAAUGAAUGAGGUUUUAGCUCCUCUGUAUUAUGUUUUCAGAACAGAUGUUGAUGAAGGAAUUGCUUCAAAUGCAGAAGCAGACAGCUUUGCAUGUUUUGUUCGACUGUUAAGUGAUUCAGUGGAUCACUUCUGUCAGCAGCUAGACAACAGUUCUGUUGGUAUCCACUCUACACUCUCACGUUUGUCAGAGUUACUUAAAUCCUAUGAUGAAGAGCUGUGGCGUCAUCUUGUGAUUGUUAACAAGGUUAAUCCCCAGUUUUUUGCAUUUAGGUGGAUCACUCUGUUGCUUACCCAGGAGUUCAGUUUCAAAACCAUCUUGAGAAUAUGGGAUUCUCUUCUUGGUGACCCUUCUGGUGUCCAGGACAUGUUGUUGCGCAUAUGUUGUGCUAUGCUGCUAUGUGUCAGAAGCAAGCUGUUGAGGGGUGAUUUUAUUGCCAAUCUCAAGCUACUACAGCACUAUCCAGAAACUGACAUUAAUUAUCUUCUAAAGAUUUCUGAUGAAAUAGAUACCAACUUGUAACUUCUUCUACACAAAGCCCGCAGUGCUGCGUUGCAGAGAUUUACUACCAUGUAUGCUGACCCUACCUCAGGUUGCAGAUGCUUUUCUUGGGAUCUUCUUCACUCGCGCUUUCUUAAGUUAUAAGAACUUCUAAGCGAGGGAACUGGGCAAAUGAGCUUUGGGAGCCAUGACACUUAUACUACUGAAUCAAGUAAAAAUGCAAUACGAAUCAUGCUUUUUUGUUUCUUCCCUCUCUUUUUAGGUUUUUUCUCCUAUGGUCAAUACAGAGAUGUAGUUAGCAUCAAGGCCCUCAUGUUCAAAGCCUGUUGUAAAUGGUUAUUAUCCCUGGACGAAUGGUGUGAACUUAUCUGUGUGUAUGUGCUCGGUCACCUCUAUGUAACUCCACUCUCCGUAUUAUAAGGGAUAUUAUGAUUUAAGGAAACAAUAGCUACUUUUCGGCUUAA